CACCCAGGUCUCGUUGCAUCUCCCCUUUUCCUAAUCGGCCACCAUUCAAAUAAUAGUCUACUUUCCUGUUUUUGCCACCAAAGUGGAUAACCUCACAUUUAUCCACAUUAUACUGCAUCUGCCAUGCACUUCCCCACUCACCCAGCCUAUCCAAGUCACCUUGCAGCCUCCUAGCAUCCUCCUCACAGCUAACACUGCCCCCCCAGCUUCGUGGCAUCCGCAAACUUGGAGAUGUUGCAUUCAAUUCCCUCGUCCAAAUCAUUAAUAUAUAUUGUAAAUAGCUGGGGUCCCAGCAGUGAGCCUUGCGGUACCGCACUAGUCACUGCCUGCCAUUGUGAAAAGGACCCAUUUACUCCUACUCUUUGCAGGAUGCUAUCCUCAUAGCAUCCUCCUCGCAGUUCACAUUGCCGCCCAGCUUUGUGUCAUCUGCAAAUUUGCUAAUGUUACUUUUAAUCUCUUCAUCUAAAUCAUUAAUGUAUAUUGUAAAUAGCUGCGGUCCCAGCACCCAGCCUUGCGAUACCCCACUUGUCACCGUUUGCCAUUCUGAAAGGGACCCGUUAUUCCCUACUCUUUUUCCUGUCUGCCAACCAAGUUUCUAUCCAUGUCUGUACCCUACCCCCAAUACCAUGUGCUAUAAUUUUGGAAUGUUGGGGGGUGGAACCGCGACACAAAGUAACACUCUAGAAUGUAGCAUUUUGAACGAGGCAGCCAAUGGGCAGCGUCGUCGGGGACGGGACGUAGAAACAGACACAGACAGACGGCGUUGGAGGAGGUCGUGUCUGGUGUCUGCUCUGCUUAGCUCAGCUCUGCUCAGCUCAGCCAUACUCUACCCUACCCCACCCUACCCUACCCUCAUCUACCAUCAUCUACGAUUAUCUACCAUCAUCUACGAACAUCUACUAUAUUAUACUAUACUCAAGGUGCGGCGACCAGAAGGGGAGUGGUUGAAGUGGCCACGCUCCCACUCCUUGUUCCUGGAGCCGUGCGGAAGCUUCUGCCGCUCGGACCCCGCAGGGACCAUCACUCGUUAGUGCGGAAGACUCGCAGUGCUCGGGCUGAGGCUCGGGGUUGUGGUGCUACGGUGAGGAUGUCCCGCCGCAGUCCCCGUCUGGCCAACAACGGCUAUUACCAGCACAACGACGACACCUCCAGCAGCAGCAGUGGCUCCGCCAAAUCCGGCGCUCCCUCUUACAAGGAGACUCCUGUCAGGUUGCACAAGAAAAGGUCAAACAGCAAGGGGCUGGGACCUGUGCCUGGCGUUAAAGGUUCGCCGUCCAACAGUUCAGUCAACAGUCUGAGUAGCUACAUCAGCAACAUCAGCAACGCCUCCAAGCGCUCUCAGCACUCUCAGCGCCUCGGCAGCAGCAGCGGCUGGCAGGAGGCCGUCGCAGUCGGAGGGCCGUCCAGCUUUGAGGACAGCGACAACUACAAAGUAAACAGAGCAUCCGGCAGGAUGGGGAUACUGACAGCACCUUCCACUUCUUCCCACACCUACUUGUCAUCGACAUCUGGCUACUCCUCCCAGGAUGAGCUGCAGGGUUUGGCCUACUCUAAAUCAUUCUCUCCCCUUGCCAAGCUGUGGGGCUGGAUCUCGCUGCUGUCUCCAGAAAAAGCUUUGCCCCUGGUGUACUGGUGGUUGGGCACAGCCUGGUACCAGUUAACAACGGCUAUCUCCUUGAUCGAUGUCUUUACUCCUUUCAGGUGUGUCCCUCACGUGAAGAAAUGGAUGCUGCUGGUGUUGCAGGCAUUACUGGGUGUUGGCCUCUUGAUGUCAUCCAGAGGUAUCUGGUCUCGUCCUGAGAAGCUGGGCGCGCUGGAGAGAACUCAGGUGAGCCCCUGGGCUGGCCUGCAGGUGCGUGUGCAGAGAAUGGAGAAGGAGCUGGAGCUGCUGACCGCUGACCUCCGGGCUUGGCUGGACUGGGGCGGUGGGCCGUCUGAAACCAUACGCCUCCCUCCCCCACUGACACCAGCCCACAUCAUCAAGCUGCUGGGCAAGGUAACCCUGCAGAGACUGGAUGAGCUUCGGAACAUGCUGCCCUUCGAGUCGCUGGAGAGGGUGCAGGCUGACAUCGCCGCCAUCCAGCAGAAGCAUGAGGAGCGGACGGAGCCGGCGCUGCGGGCAGUUGGUUGCAAUACCAAGGUGGGUGCGGGGAGAGAGAGCUGGUGCUGGUGUGGGAGAAGGGGUAGAGAGGGCACAGGGAGUCAUGGUUCAUAAGUGAUAGGAGCUGAAUUAGGCCUUUCGGCUCAUCAAGUCUACUCCGCCAUUCAAUCAUGGCUGAUCUAUCUCACCCUCUUAACCCCAUUUCCCUGCCUUUUCUCCAUAACCUCUGACACCCAUACUAAUCAAUAAUCUAUCUACAUCUUCCUUAAAAAGAUCCACAGCCUAUUGUGGCAGUAAAUUCCACAGAUUCACCACAUUCUGAUUAAAGAAAUUCCUCCUCAUCUCCUUCCUAAAGGAACGUCCUUUUAUUCUGAGGUUAAGGCCUCUGGUCCUAGCAUGGCAAGUUUUCCUUCACAUUCUGCCUGA